UCUGCUCCAGGGUAUGGCUUGACGUUACCUUGCCCCACGUUAAAGUUGCCCCACCUUCACCUCAUGCGGUGAAUGCACCUUUCUCGAUGCGACCGACUCACCUCCAAGCUUGCGCUCCAAAAUUUCUUGAUUCAGACUGGACCACAACACUUUGAUACCCUUUGCCUAAACCACCAACAAACCGAAAGCAGGCCCCAGAACGAGAGGCAGGCACUGCUUCUCGACACGACGCCGUCAUGGCAACAUCACAAGUUCUCUUGUCCCCUGCUGAGCUUGCCUACAUUCAUUCUUCGCUAUCCCUGCGUCCACCCAUCCGCAGCGACGGGCGCACGUCAACACAGUUCCGACCGCUCACAGCCGAGACCGGUGUGCUGCCUGGAACGAAUGGCAGUGCGCGUGUCUGUUUCUCCGACGGCACGGAGGCGAUUGUCGGGGUGAAAGCAGAGAUUGAGCGCACGCGUGCCGACAAUGAGCAAGAGGAUCAAGAGGAUGGUGCCGCACAACGGCAAGUCCGGGGCGAUUGGGUCGAGAUUGCGGUCGAGAUCCCCGGCUUGAGGGACGACGAUGCUAGUACGGUCUUUUUGGGCGAGAUGCUACGGGAGGCACUUCUUGGAGACGGAGAUUUCGCCAGAAAACUCUGGAUCAACCGACGGUUUCACUGGCGUUUAUACCUUGAUAUUCUGCUCAUAUCGCCUCCUCUGUCAUACCCCCUCCCGCUGCUCUCGUUAACUACACACCUCGCCCUGCUCGCUACGCGCCUGCCACGAUUAAAAUCCGAAGGCGACGAGGACCCCAUGUUCGACGACGACUGGCAGGCUUCCCAGUUCCUCUACUCGCAGAGUGAAAGCGCACGACCACCCAUCACACUCCUAGUGGUCGCGAUCGGGGGCAAUGUCAUUUUCGACCCUUCAAAGGAGGAGCUGGCCGUGGCCGAGUCGGCACUCGCAGUGUCAGUGGCCGCGGCAGCAUCAGAGAAGGCAGCACAGGACCAGAGACGCAAAUUGAAGCUCGUGUCAGUCAGGAUGGUGGAUCCGCCGUCAAGACUGACACCACCCGGCAUACCCAACGGCACGAGUUCGGGCACCGGGGCCGCGCCGGCAGGGAAGGAGGGCGAGUCUGUUGAAGGCGUGUGGAAGGCACCGGUGGGCGGCACAAAGUUCGCCAUACUGGACGGGAUAAUACAGGCGGUCUUGGAGAAGGGCGGGGUCGCCGACGAGGUGCUGGAUGGUCUGAAGGACGUCGAGUUGGCGUAAUAGUGUGAGAAUGAUUCAUGAGCACGACGACGAACAUGGUACA